UGUGUCCACGAGCGCUUUGUACAGACGCUCACUGCACGAGCUCACUGCCACCUCCUGCUGCCACCUCCUACGUGUCCACGAGCGCUUUGUACAGGACCAAAAUGACUGAUUCCAGGGUUACAAUGGCCAUCCAGACUCUAAUGCAAGUAUUUCAUGAGUAUGCCUCCAAAGACGAGGCGCAUAGUGAAACGAGGGACAUGAACCAGUUCAAGCUGAGCAAACGUGAACUCAAGGAACUACUGCAAAAGGAACUCAACUUUGAAAAUGUGAAAGACUCAGACAAGGUAGAUGAGCUGAUGAAGGAGUUGGACAGCAACGGUGACAGUCAGGUGGACUUCCAGGAGUUUGUGAUAUUUGUCGUUUCCGUGGCGUGUAUGUGCAAUGACUUCCUGGAGACCCUCAUGAAAGAAGAUGGCGAGUGAAGACCAUGACCUUUAACCCCUUACGAGCCACAUCCACUAAGCCCAAGAGAAGGUGCUCGCAUGGUUUUGCUGUCAUCAUCCAGUCUUAAUAAAA